ACACAAUCACACUCACCGCUCAGUCGCACUCUCACAGACUUGCUCGGUUCCUCCAACACUCCAAGGCUUCAAUAAUCAAAGAUAAAACCAUGUCGAAGGUGAAGACAAACCGUGUCAGGUACCCAAAGGGAUGGGAAUUGAUUGAGCCUAUUCUAAAUGAACUACAAGCCAAGAUGAGAGAAGCCGAGAAUGACCCACAUGACGGGAAAAGAAAGUGUGAGGCUUUGUGGCCUAUUUUUAAAAUUUGUCAUCAGAAAAGCCGCUACAUUUUUUACUUUUAUCACAGGAAGAAGGAGAUCUCCAAAGAAUUAUAUGAGUUUUGUUUGGAUCAGGGUUAUGCAGACCGUAAUUUAAUUGCGAAGUGGAAAAAGCCUGGCUAUGAACGACUAUGUUGUUUGAGGUGCAUGCAACCUCGAGAUCACAACUUCCAAACCACAUGUGUUUGCCGAGUACCUAAGCAUCUAAGGGAAGAGAAGGUUAUAGAAUGUGUGCAUUGCGGUUGCAAAGGUUGUGCUAGUGGAGAUUAAUUGAGUGCUUAUAAUAGAAUAGAAUGCACGUAGGAAUUGAG